GAGAGAGAGAGAGAGAGAGAGCUACCAACCAUAAAAAAUGAUGAAUUCCGAGGGAAAUCUAGUUGGAAGGCGUGCGAUUAAAAUCUUAGAAGCCUGAUGACUUUGUUUUGCAUCAUGAUACUUUAUUUCUUUCCUGAUCUUGUGAUGAAUGAAUAAACUUUAUUCAUCACAGGGAGGCCUGCAGCAACACUGGAAAUGUUCCCUUCAUGGCCAAUCAGAUUCCACCAAACCUCAAGAGGAGGUUGCAAGUCAGGAGGAUGGGAUGAAAACACAGACUCAGGAUCAGGAUCAGGUGUGAACACCAACACCCUUUCAAGCAAAUUGGAAACGGAACCCCAUCAUAAUCAUUUUGAAUCACAAGAUUCUCCAAUUAGUAGCCAACAACAAGAAGAUCAAGAGGUGCAGCUGGCAACUAGUGAUGCCUCAAGAAAAGGGCCAUCACCCCAACAAAAGAAAAAAGGAGCGAGUUCCACAUCAGAGAAGGCAGUGGAUGCAAAGGUGAAGACACUGAGACGGUUGGCACAAAACAGAGAAGCUGCAAGGAAAAGCCGUCUGAGGAAAAAGGCUUAUGUGCAGCAACUAGAGUGUAGCAGAUUAAAGCUUACUCAGCUGGAAAAGGAGGUAGAAAGAGCAAGAUCACAGGUAUCAGGAACAGGAGGAGGAGGAGGAGCAAUGAUGUUUGACAUGGAAUAUGGAAGAUGGCUGGAAGAUGAAGAGAGGCAGAUGGGGGAGGUGAGGAGGGGGCUGGAGGGGGGAAUAUCGGACGGGGAGAUGAGAGUGAUAGUGGAGAGUUACAUGAGCCACUACGACGAACUCUUCAGGCUGAAGGCGGAGGGUGCCAAGUGGGACGUGUUCCACAUCAUGAAUGGCACAUGGACAUCCCCCGCAGAGAGGUGCUUCCUGUGGAUGGGUGGUUUCAGGCCGUCAGACCUGGUGGGACUGCUGAUACACCAGUUGGAGCCUCUUGCGGAGCAGCAGAUCAUAGCCAUGUACGGACUGAGACACUCAUCCCAGCAGGCUGAAGACGCUCUUUCUCAGGGGCUUGAGCAGCUCCACCACUCUCUCCUCCACACCAUCUCCCUCCCUCAGAUGCUUUCUGCCAUGGCCAAGCUUUCCAACCUUGAAGCUUUCCUCCUUCAGGCUGAUCAUCUGAGGCAGCAAACUCUUCACCAAUUCUGUCGAUUUCUCACCAUUCGUCAAGCAGCUCGCUGUUUCCUUGUCAUUGGAGACUACUAUGCUCGUCUUCGCGCCCUUAGUUCUCUUUGGGCCUCCAGGACCCUCAUCAACAAUCAUCACGAUAACUCAUCCAUCGACUUGCAAACGCAAAAUCAUUUCUCUAAUUUCUGAACAAAUAUUUGUCAUUUUAGCUAAAUGUGUCUCCAUCUGUUAUUGUAAAUAAAAUUCGAGUUUUAUGUGCAUUACGAGGAAGUUCACUUUAGCUUACAACAUCAUAGUAUCCACUAUAUAUAUGCAGAUCAGUUUUAUUUGCUUUUGUAA